CUCCCCUCCGCCCCCUUCCCCGUAGGCAGCCAGCCCGCCCGCACUAACUCCCUCCCGGCCCGGGGCGCUUGGGCUGGGUCUCACCCCCGCCCCCCCACGCUCCCCCGGUAGCUCUCUGGCGAUCGCCCGCGCUCGGUGGAUGUGGCUGGCAGCCGCCGCCCCCUCCCUCGCUCGCCGCCUGCUCUUCCUCGGCCCUCCGCCUCCUCCCCUCCUCCUUCUCCUCCUCAGCCGCUCCUCUCGCCGCCGCCGCCUCCACAGCCUGGGCCUCACAGCGAUGCCGGAGAAGAGGCCCUUCGAGCGGCUGCCUGCCGAUGUCUCCCCAGUCAACUACAGCCUUUGCCUCAAGCCUGACUUGCUGGACUUCACCUUCGAGGGCAAGCUGGAGGCCGCCGCCAAGGUGAAGCAGGCAACCAAUCAGAUUGUGAUGAAUUGUGCUGAUAUUGACAUUAUUACAGCUUCAUAUGUACCAGAGGGAGAUGAAGAAAUACAUGCUACAGGAUUUAACUAUCAGAAUGAAGAUGAAAAAGUCACCUUGUCUUUUCCUAGUACUCUCCAACCAGGUACAGGAACCUUAAAGAUAGAUUUUGUUGGAGAGCUGAAUGACAAAAUGAAAGGUUUCUAUAGAAGUAAAUAUACUACCCCUUCUGGAGAGGUACGCUAUGCUGCUGUCACACAGUUUGAGGCUACUGAUGCUCGGAGGGCUUUUCCUUGCUGGGAUGAGCCUGCCAUCAAAGCAACUUUUGAUAUCUCAUUGGUUGUUCCUAAAGACAGAGUAGCUUUAUCAAACAUGAAUGUACUUGACCGGAAACCAUCUCCUGAUGAUGAAAAUGUAGUGGAAGUGAAGUUUGCCCGCACACCUGUCAUGUCUACGUACCUGGUGGCAUUUGUUGUGGGUGAAUAUGACUUUGUAGAAACAAGGUCUAAAGACGGUGUGUGUGUCCGUGUUUACACCCCUGUUGGCAAAGCAGAGCAAGGAAAAUUUGCGUUAGAGGUUGCUGCUAAAACCCUGCCUUUUUAUAAGGACUACUUCAAUGUUCCUUAUCCUCUACCUAAAAUUGAUCUCAUUGCUAUUGCAGACUUUGCAGCUGGUGCCAUGGAGAACUGGGGCCUUGUUACUUAUAGGGAGACUGCAUUGCUCAUUGAUCCAAAAAAUUCCUGUUCGUCAUCACGCCAGUGGGUUGCUCUAGUUGUGGGACAUGAACUUGCCCAUCAAUGGUUUGGAAAUCUUGUUACUAUGGAAUGGUGGACUCAUCUUUGGUUAAAUGAAGGCUUUGCGUCCUGGAUUGAAUACCUGUGUGUAGACCACUGCUUCCCAGAGUAUGAUAUCUGGACUCAGUUUGUUUCUGCUGAUUAUACGCGUGCCCAGGAGCUUGAUGCAUUAGAUAACAGCCAUCCUAUUGAAGUCAGUGUGGGCCACCCUUCUGAAGUUGACGAGAUAUUUGAUGCUAUAUCAUAUAGCAAAGGUGCAUCUGUCAUCCGAAUGCUACAUGACUACAUUGGGGAUAAGGACUUUAAGAAAGGCAUGAACAUGUAUUUAACCAAGUUCCAGAAAAAGAAUGCUGCCACAGAGGAUCUCUGGGAAAGUUUGGAAAGUGCUAGUGGUAAACCUAUAGCAGCGGUGAUGAAUACCUGGACCAAACAAAUGGGAUUCCCCCUCAUUUAUGUGGAAGCAGAACAGGUAGAAGAUGACAGAUUACUGAAGUUGUCCCAAAGGAAGUUCUGUGCCAGUGGACCAUAUGUUGGAGAAGAUUGUCCCCAGUGGAUGGUUCCUAUCACAAUCUCUACUAGUGAAGAUCCCAACCAUGCCAAACUGAAAAUUUUAAUGGACAAGCCAGAGAUGAAUGUGGUUUUGAAAAACGUUAAACCAGACCAGUGGGUAAAGUUAAACCUAGGAACAGUUGGGUUUUAUCGGACCCAGUACAGCUCCGCCAUGCUGGAAAGUUUAUUACCAGGCAUUCGUGACCUUUCUCUGCCCCCUGUGGAUCGACUUGGAUUACAGAAUGACCUCUUCUCCUUGGCUCGAGCUGGAAUCAUUAGCACUGUAGAGGUUCUAAAAGUCAUGGAGGCUUUUGUGAAUGAGCCCAAUUAUACUGUAUGGAGCGACCUGAGCUGUAACCUGGGGAUUCUCUCAACUCUCUUGUCCCACACAGACUUCUAUGAGGAAAUCCAGGAGUUUGUGAAAGAUGUCUUUUCACCUAUAGGGGAGAGACUGGGCUGGGACCCCAAGCCUGGAGAAGGUCAUCUAGAUGCACUCCUGAGGGGCUUGGUUCUUGGCAAACUAGGAAAAGCAGGACAUAAGGCAACGUUAGAAGAAGCCCGGCGUCGGUUUAAGGACCAUGUGGAAGGGAAACAGAUUCUCUCUGCUGAUCUGAGGAGUCCUGUCUAUCUGACUGUUUUGAAGCAUGGUGAUGGCACUACCUUAGACAUUAUGCUAAAGCUUCACAAACAAGCAGAUAUGCAGGAAGAGAAAAACCGAAUUGAAAGAGUCCUUGGGGCUACUCUUUCGCCUGAAUUGAUUCAAAAAGUCCUCACAUUUGCACUUUCAGAAGAGGUACGUCCGCAGGACACUGUAUCAGUAAUUGGCGGAGUGGCUGGAGGCAGCAAGCAUGGAAGGAAGGCUGCUUGGAAGUUUAUAAAGGACAACUGGGAAGAACUUUACAAUCGAUACCAGGGAGGAUUCUUAAUAUCCAGACUAAUAAAGCUAUCAGUUGAGGGAUUUGCAGUUGAUAAAAUGGCUGGAGAGGUUAAGGCUUUCUUCGAGAGUCACCCAGCUCCUUCAGCUGAGCGGACCAUCCAGCAGUGCUGUGAAAAUAUCCUGCUGAAUGCUGCUUGGCUAAAGCGAGAUGCUGAGAGCAUCCAGCAGUACCUCCUUCAGCGAAAGGCCUCACCACCCACAGCAUGAACCCUGAGCAUGCCGCCACUGCGGUUCUGCUGCUUGGCUGCGGGGAUAAGGUGGAGCGACCGAACAGCUGAUUCAUAUGCCAAGAAUUUGGAGUCUUCUUUCAAACCAGUGGGGGUUGGACAAUGAAUGUAGUUAACUGGUUCCUGCUCACACUCCAGAAUUAAAUUCUAUUGAAAAAGGAAAAUCAGCAAUUCAGCAAAAAAUAAAAAAUAAAAAUAAAAAAUAAAAUUGUAAAUAUGAUAGUAAUAAAAUAGAGCAUAACGAAACUGUGAAACUUCCUGAAGCCUUGUCAGUGGUUAAAAGUAUUUAACACUCUCCUGUUAAUGACAGAUGUUCUGUUUUUAUAACCUACCAAAAGGAAACUAGAGGCUUCUGGGUGAAGAGGAUUUUUGUGAAAGUGGGUUCUGCAAGCAGCCUACAAGCCAAGGGUAGUGUCCAUUGCUGGGAAUGGUUAAACAUGAAAGGCUGAUAGCUGGUAUAACAUAGUCAGAGUCUGUGCAUAAUUCCAAGUGGGGUUUUUUUUUUUUUGGAUUUUUUUUUUUGGCAUGGGGACUGAUUAGGAAGACAUAUUUUCCUGCAUAACUCAAUCUGAAACAAGGAUUGUAGUUUCCCUCCUUGCCUUCCCUUCUGUGUGACCCCUUGGCCAAAAAAAAAAAAAGUUUAAAAAAAAACAACCUAUCCUGGUCUGGGUUUUUUCCUCCCCUUAGUUCCACCCCCAGCACCCACCCCCGGUGUCCUUCUUAGAGAUAAAGAAAUAAUAAGGAAACAUCUUUUGUAGCCACAUUAAAUAAGAGAAACUGAUAUACAUUAUUUUUUUCUUUCUUUUUUAAGAUGACUUUUACGAACCCUGAAACGCAUAUAGGUGAGACAAUAGAAAUGAAAAGGUUUUCAGCCGGGCCUUUCUAAAGGCGUUAUUCUGCUGAAAAUGGCCUUAGUUGUCUGAUAGGCUAACUAUCGAACCUCUUUAUGACAGUUUCAACACUGGCUUCUGGUUCGUUUUGGACAUGUUAGAAGUCAGUGCUAAACGCCGCAGAGCCUAAAUAUUAGUGGUAACUGGUUAAAAAAAAAAAAAAAAAGCAACGAGGAUAAUAACCUUGUGGUGUGCCACUCUUGGGAUCAACAGUGGAACUAUUUUGAUUCUUAAAUAUCCAAUCCAGUGAGUUUUAACUCUAACUCGCAUUCCUUUCUCUGUCCCUACGGUUUCUCUUUUCUUUCUUUUUCCUUUUCCUUUUAUUUUUCUUUUAAAAAUAUUUUUUUGUGUUAUUAACAGGAAUUCAUAUUUGGUGUGGCUUAAUUGUAUUUCAGAAGGUCAUCAGAUUGUGAGACUGCUUCCUUGAAACAUUUUUGUGCUAUUGUUUUAAAAAAUAAUAAUUAAAAAACAGUUGGCGUUAAUAAAAAUGUCAAUGUGAAA